AUGCCAACAGAAAAGGAGUCAAUACCAUGUAAACCACGGCCAUGGACGACACUGUAUCAAUCAUGCAAUAUCAGAUGGAUCAAAGAAGUAAUUGCAUUGACGUUGAUCCUUAGCUCGUUGCACGUGGUUUCACUUGUCAAAACACACCGGAAAGCGUUGGUCGACAAGUUCACACCAACAACAUUCGACCAUCUGACUGCACAAGAAGAAACGAACCUGGAGGGAGCACGCUGGAAAUGGGAAAACUACCCCAAGCGAGAAAUCGAUAGCGCUCUUUAUUCUAGAGAUGACGUCUGGGCUCAUCGACAUGAGUGGAAGAGGCUGGGAGCUGGCUCCGAGGGUGUGGCCUUCACCUAUAAUGGUACUGUGAUCAAGGUGUACAAGAAAGCUCACCAUCCCCUCCGAAACUGUGUUCCAGGAGCUUCACCAGAGAUGAGAUGGCCAACUGAGAUUGCCGUGUCCCUGGUUCUUGGAGGGAUGGCGGAUUCGCAACCGUCCCAACAAGAUAUGGAGUUCCUCCCUGUGACGGACUACUUUGUGUCACCGGCGGAACAGGGAGAACUUCCGAGGUGGCAUUUUCUGACGCAACUUCUCCCCUGUGGAAACCUCGUGAAGCUCGCUACGCAUCUGCGCAAUUCUGAGCAUACGUACACUGCGCAUGAACUUGACCUAGCAUUUCGACCGUCGUUGGAACGACUGCUACAGGCGUUGACUCGGAUGCACUCGCAAUACAACCUCUGUCACGACGACAUCAAGCCCGACAAUAUCUGGGUGUCAGGCGCAAAAGAUUUGGGACCUGUAGGAGGUGAUUUGGAGGGGGCAAAGCACUGGAUCCUCGCCGACUUGGGGAAUGUGCGGGAGCCAAGCCACCCAUACCACUCUUCCAUACUUUGGUCAAGACUGAACAACAACUUGCCGGACUGCCGUAUGAACGAUGUCCUGCGACUUCUCAAGUCAUAUCUACUGUUUUUACGGGCAUCCGUUGACGAUGCGGCCGAAUUUGAUACGCAGUUCUAUGAAGCCCAUGCCUCAUGGGCUCAACUCUACUGGAGUACUUUGGACGCAGUCCAAGCUCAUCAGCUUGUCUCAGCCUCAUCGGUUCAAACGCUAUCAAAUGACCUUGACCCAGCUACUAGGCAGCUACAAGAUCCGUCGGCAAGCGGGCGUGACCUUCCCGGUUUAUGGAACCCUCUAUACAAGUUAUUUCUGAGCAGGGAGCACCUCUUCGACCGGGCUGCGAGAGAUGAGCUGAAGAUGGGUGCGGUAGAUAGUGUUGCGCGGACAUGGGGGAUGACUUUGAUAUUGGGUGUUCCGGUUGGAAAAUGCAGGGCUUGA